CCUUCCUCCUCCAUCGUUAUCCUGCUUUUCCUCUUCUUCUGCCUCUUCCUCGUCGAGGAGAGAAGCGAAGGUCGAAGACGACGACGACGACGACGAUGGACUACAAGCGCUCACCGGGAUCGGGGCGCCGGCGACUCGAGCGCAUCAACGCCAUCAAGAACGUGGAGUACGAGUCCUCCUCCGUCGACCUCGAAGCCUCCGCCGCAGCCGCAGCCGCCGCCGCCGCCUUCGCCGCGCAGAAGAGCUUCGGGAUCCGCGGCGGGGUCGACGGCGAGGUCGACCUCCUCUACCGCGCCUUCGGCCUCUCCGGGCCCGAGGACUUCGCCAUCUCCCACUCCGUCUGGGCCGCCUCCAAGACCCACUCCGACCUCCUCCGCCACCAUCCCCCUCCCUCUCCUCCCCCAAUCCCGAAAGAAGAUGCUAGUGUUAGGGUUUCGAUCGUCGGGAGCGGCGCGGAUCCUGAUGGAGCCGAACGUGGCAAAAUUAGGGCUAAUUUACCUCCCCCGGCCGAGAGGAGAUCUCGCUCUUCGAAAGAGAAAGAGGAAGUUGCGGGGGACGGAGACGAUGAAGCGAAGGGGACGAGAAUGGGAGUGACUGCGAGAGGUCUCGCGGAAUCGACUUCGAAUUAUGAGAGGGUUGUACCAUCAGGUGCGGAGAAUUCUCCAAGCAAAGGUGAUGAGUCUUUGAGCGCACGCACUGCAGGAGCGAUCACCGUAUCGCCUAACGGGAUGCUCAAGAGGGUGAUCAGAUCAUGGACUAAAGGGGAGCUUCUUGGUAGUGGAUCCUUUGGAACGGUUUAUGAGGCCAUCAGCGACGACGGGUUUUUCUUUGCUGUUAAAGAAGUCUCCUUACUUGACCAAGGAAAUAACGCAGAACAGCGUAUUUUUCAACUGGAGCAGGAAAUCUUGCUUUUAAGUCGUUUCCAACAUGAGAACAUAGUUCAGUAUUAUGGAACUGAGAAGGCAAAAGCAACAUUAUACGUCUUCCUUGAACUUGUUAGUCGAGGCUCUUUGGCAUCUCUGUAUCAGAAGUACCGAUUGCAGAAUUCACAAGUCUCUGCAUACACAAGGCAGAUUCUACAUGGGUUAAAUUAUCUACAUCAGCGCAAUGUCGUGCACAGAGAUAUCAAAUGUGCUAAUAUACUGGUCGAUUCAAAUGGAGCUGUGAAACUUGCAGAUUUCGGACUUGCAAAGGAGACAACUAUGUCAAAUGGCUUGAAAUCUAGCAAAGGAAGUGUCUACUGGAUGGCACCAGAGGUUGCUAGGGCAAAGCCUUACGGGCCUUCAGCUGACAUAUGGAGCCUCGGUUGCACUGUUUUGGAGAUGCUGACUGGUCGGCUUCCUUAUCCUAAUACAGAAUGGACUCAAGCUUUAUUUAAAAUCGGACGGGGUGAGCCGCCGCCUAUUCCAGCUUCCCUGACAAGAGAGGCCCGCGAUUUCAUUCAAAUGUGCGUACAGGUCAUUCCAAGCCGACGACCCUCAGCUGCUGAACUACUGGAGCAUCCGUUUGUGAAGAGGCCGGCUCCAUCUCCUAGCAGCUCUGAUCUUUCUCUGUAACAGAAAAAAGACAGACCUGGGCCACACUCAUCAAUUGUUAUUGUUGGUUCUGUAAAUAGUUGUGUUUAUCUGGUGUUUUUCUCUUAUUUUUAAGUGUAUUAAUUGCCAAAUGGGACAAGUGUAUGAGAAAGUGGAGAAGGAAAAAAGAAGUGCUUCCAUUUACGAGCACCUUUCAA